UCUGCCCAGCUGUCACCAGGAGCGUCUGUCUGUCUCUCGGCGUCAGCCUGUACACAGAGCAAUGCGAGCUAGUUUCGUACUUGGGUUACAGCACUUCACAAACUACCGAGCUGUGCGUUUUCUGCGAGAUAGUGGCGGAGUUUUGUAACAUUUGUCUUUUAAACGCAGCCUGACCGUUAGGGCUGAUCAGCGGAGUGUCGUUGUUUCCUAGCGGACAGAUAUUUGACAGUUGUCCGCCUUGUUUUUGGUGUUUCGUGCCGCUGCGACAGACUGGCCUCAUAUCAUCGUAGGUCAUGUCUCGUAGGAGCGCUCGCCUGGUGUCAGGCGGUUAUUAUAAUUCAGAUGAGGAAUCUGACUCCAGCAGCGUGACAAAUAUAUCCUACCGUGAGAGCCCUGUCAGGGUUUUCAAGAAGAAGGCGGGAGGCCGUAAGGCCGCGUCCCGUACCUCCAGCAGAGCCAAUAGCAAUGCUAGUUCUGUCAGCACCGAGCUGCCGGUCACACCGGACCAAUAUGAUGGCCUGAGUCCUGCCCUCCAGUCCAGCCCGACCCAGCACAGCAUGAGGACCGUCCCCUACACCCCGACCACGGCCACCCCUCGGCCCGCUCUCACCCCAACAUCCGCCCGGAGCCAGACACCCACCAGCUGCCCUUUGGCUCCCCCGGAGAAGAGCUCUGUGGCCGGGCUGUGCGGCUCCAGCAGGCCUGGGUGUCUCAUCCGGCCGCGCCACAAGGAGCUGAACCAGAGCGGCGUCGACAGCUCGGGGUAUUCGUCCUCUGAGGGCCAUUACAGGAAGCCCACAGCCAUCACCAGUGCUGCCAGUGGGAUCAGCAGUAUCCAUGGUGCUCCCGUUAAAGGACGCAGGGGCAGUGGCUCGCCUAGUCAGAUGAGCUCAAUCUCAUCCGUGGCUGCCGCAGUAAAGUCGAGGAUAAUGACCCUGGCAGACCAAGCUAAUGCGUCACUCAGCAGUCGCACAAAGAAGACUGCUGGCCUCCUCCUCCUGGUCCUCCUCAUUAUUAUUCUCUGUAUUUGGCUCCUCCUUCCCUUGUUGACCUCUCUGUUCUCUCGCAUGACCGUCACGAGGACCCCGACACCAACAAAACCCAAAAGCCAACCUGUUUCCCCUGUCAUUCCUCCUGCUCACCCCAACACAGUGCAUCCUGUGGUGGACCCAGCUGUUGUGUCUGCCGCUGUGGAAGAGAAGAUGCACCGUCUCCUGGGGGAACUACUGCUGAAACAGGAAAGCCUUAUCUCCCAGAUGGAGGAGAGACUGCAGCUGGACAUGCAGGGGGUGAGAACGAGGCUGGAGGCUGCCGACUCGGACAGUCGGCUGCGUCUGGAGAAGGAGAUCGCUGGACUCGGCAGGCAGAUGGCAGAUUACCAGAGAGACAGUCGCUCCGCCGCCACCAACCUCGACCUCAGGAUCCAGGCUGUGGAGGCCCAGAAUGCAAAGCUGUCCCGGGAGCUGUCGUCCGUCCAGAUGAGGCCUCCCCCGGCCCCCUGUCCCAACCCCGACCCCGUCACUGCUCCCGUCCACAACCUGCUCACCCCAGAGCUCCAGCAGGCCAUGGAGAAGUGGCUCAGCGACCGGAUCAAGCAGCAGGAUGCGAUCAGGCUCAGUGGGAAAGAAAGCUGUUCAGACUGCGGACGUCCUAUGGCUGACAAAAUGGCUGACUUCGCCCUGGAGACACAAGGUGCCAGUGUGGUCAGCACCAGGUGUUCUGAAACGUACCGUAUCCGCUCGGCGUGUGUGACCCUGUUUGGUUUCCCUCUGUGGUAUCCGUCUGAGAGCCCACGCACUGUUAUUCAGGGCUACCCGGUGCUGCUCCCAGGGAAGUGUUGGGCGUUCCACGGCGUCCAGGGCACCCUCCUCAUCUCCCUCUCUCACCCCAUCAGAGUGACACAUGUGACCCUGGAUCACCUGCCACGCUACAACUCCCCCACUGGCCGCAUCGACUCAGCACCCAAAGACUUUGAGGUCUAUGGGAUGGUGAACGACACAGAGGAAGGCACGCUGCUGGGGAAAUUCACUUACGACCAGGAUGGAGAGUCAACGCAGACGUUUAAGCUGCCCAGCCCCAGUGACGUGGUGUAUCGAUUCGUGGAGCUGCGUAUCCUCAGUAACUGGGGCCAUGUGGAGUACACGUGUGUUUACCGAUUCCGGGUCCACGGAAAGAUCGCCUCCACUUGAGACGCACGACAUUUCCUGCCAGCGUGACAGCUCAUUCCCACAUAUCAGAAUGUGUAUUUUUUAUAAAGUUUAUUGCAAAAAAAAAUGUACAUCAGUAUUGGUUCAAAUCAGGGUACGGCACUUUUUUUACACGGCUACUUCUCCAGUAUGUGGGGGAUUUAAUGAGAGAGAGACAUUGCAUUGCAGGUGUUUUGUUUGUUUUUAAAUUGAAAUGAAAGUAGCUGGUUGGACGUGCACUAAGGGCUGAUAUUAGUAAAUAAUAAUAGAGAGAUGUUUUAUCAUUCCUGCAUGUCAGCUCUUCAUAGUACCCUGUCUGAUGGUUUUGCAGCGUUGUGCUACACAGACAGGACGAGGGGGAGGAUCUCUGUGCGCAAACUAGAACAUAUACUUUGCUUUGAAUGAAUGUACAGUAUUGAUGAAGACUUCACUUCUAAAAUGCUAAAACCAACUUGUUCAUCUGCUUAAGUUUCUGGAAACUUUUGAUUUCAAACGUGUGUGUGUGCCACAGAAUUGUUUCCAACCUUCAUUAUUUAUUUUGGUAAGGUUUAUUGAGCACACGUGCUGUUCUCCACACGAGCAGCUGAGCACAUUCCCUCCAGGCAGCUGCCCGGUGCCACCAGACGCUGUGUGUUUGAGUGUUAAGUACCUUGCUCAAGGGCACUUUGAUAUGGCAGAGAAAAGUGUUUCUCAUUCACUUUCUCCACCCACAUUUUCCCAGCUGGUUUUGGGAUUUGAACAGCAACCUUCUGGCCACAAGCCUGCAUUUAUAACCUCUGGAGCUUUUGCUGUACAUAAAUCAUGAACGUAUAACUUAAUUUCAGCGGAGUUGUUAAUUUCCAGAACACUCCACUUCAAGGCAACAACAAACGAAAUCUGAGGUUCAUUAUUCAGUGUCUUUAAAAUGUCGAUUUUUUUUUUAACUGUUGCCAUUUUGUCAACUGAGGACAUAAGUUACCUUUAAAAAGAACCACAACUUGGUUAUUUUGUGUAAUUUUAUAAAGGUGUUAACGCCAUUUUGGAACGACACUUUCUUCUCUUAACCGCUGAUGGUGUGACUGGCAGGACGUCCCAUUCUGGUGGAUGUCGGGCACAGAUUGUGCCCAGGGCAGCAGUGAAUGUGGGUGUUCUGCAUCAGCAUUUUCUCCUGUUGUGUAUCAGUAUUUAAUGUUACUGUCCAAUUACUUCUGCUUUUUAAUAGCUGCCACCUGCUGGCUUGACAGCACUUCCGUCCCAAACCAACCUCUGAUGAAAAAGGUUACUAAAUUAAAAAACAAUCAUAAUAAUAAAUUCAAAUAAAUUCAAUAAAUAAAUAAAUAAAUCAAUAAAUUCCUUGUUGGACGUAUAUUUGGAGAUGUGUGGUAUAAAAUUAUAGAUAUUAUAAAUCAAUAACUGAUAUUAUAUGAAAGAUAGAAUUAGAUGCAAUAUUAAUGCCAUUGAUUAUUUAUUUAAUUUAUUAUCUAUGAAGGAGACAACAAUCAGCGUAAGUCCCAGACAGAAGCGAUUGAUUUUUGAGUGUUUCAUUGUUCAAAUGAUAGAUUUGUCUUAUUUCGGUACUUUGCCAAGUUCAACAGUUGUUGUACAUGAAAGCAAGUUGCAAUGGUAAGAUGAAAAAUAUGACUGAUAUGCAGCUUUGUAACACUUAAAAUUUGGUACCUUUUUCUAUCCGGUAGGUUUUUUAACUUUUUCAGUUUUGUUUUUAUCACUGGAAUACUUGAAAAGCCUCCUGCUAACCUCUGUGACCGGCGUCAUGUGGCGUCUGGGUCUCUACAGGGCUCCGUCUUUCUUGUAAAUAGCUUUUAUUUUGUUAAAACCACCGAAUCAGGAGACGAAAGUCUUUAUUUAUUUGGUGUUAAAGGGGUAUAACAUUCAUUUUAAAAAAAAAAAGUCAUGUGUUAGUCCUAUCAACAUUUUUUAAAUUUCCAGAUUGCUAUAUACCUAACUUUAAGAUUAAUUACCUGACAUUCAUCCAGUAUCUCUAAAAUAAAGAGGAUCUAAACUUUAAAAAUGUCAUCAUUUGGUCAACCAAGGACUAAAGUUACAUAGUUUUUAAUUUGUCUCAUCAUUCUGCAGCUUUUCGUCUUUUAAAACUAGGAUUUUUUUUCUCCAGAUGAUGGAUUUCUCAUUGCAGAACACGGAUAUCUCUCGCUCUCUCAGCCUGAAACCAGUUUAAAUUUUUGACACCAGGAUGUUUUAAGAAUGCAAAAUCUUCACAGCUUUGGAGAGUGGUAGUUCAAGUUUACAAAUACUGAUUGGACUGCAGGAAUACUUUUUUUUUUUUUUUUUUUUGCAUUUUUUGCAAUUCAUUAUUGUCUAUACAUUUUUGUUCGGUGUCUUUAGAUUGCAGAUGAUGGCGAGAGAUUUCAUUAAAACAUAUUUACCGACCUUGAUUAUCUGCUCUCUCUGGGUUAUCAUCCCAGCCUCUUUUGUUGAUAUUUCAGCAUGAAAAAGGUAUUUUUACACUAUAAUGCAAAUUGAUCUAUAGAUACUGAGAGACUGUAACUGUCCAUGAAGUCAGUGAACUGUGUGCUUCUCUCGAUGCAUGUAACAUUUACACUGAAUGUACAGAAUAUUAGGGACAGUUUCUCUUUUUCUCAAGCACAGAGAUGAAUCAAUGUAAAAGCCAUUAUCCCUUAUUGAUUUCUGUUAUUGAAUCUAAGCCGAUCACCAAGGAGGAAUGAUGAUUAAAGAUUAGCAGACGAGUCACAAAAAGAUUUUUAAGCUUUGAGACAGUUGAGAUGUGGAUUGUAAAAAAGGAGCAGCAACUCAACAUCAGGAGCAUGUCCCUAAUAUUUUAUUUAAUUUUGAUAUUUACAUUCAGAUCUCCUCUGUCAAAACAUUUAUUACUCUGUUAUUUUGUAACAUUGUUUCUGACAUACACUCACAAAUGGAAUCAUUUACAUUCUGGAACUAUUAAACCAUGAACUUUGGGCAACUUUUUUUUAUUCAUAAAAUGGAUAUGGAGUAUUUUGAAAUGAACUCUUUUCAUCACACUUUUGACUCCAUAAUGUUGUCCCAUCACCAUAAUGUACAGGGACCUCAGCAGGUUCCCUUUUUGUAUUCAAACCCAUGACUUACACUUGCGUGAGGACUCGGUGCAGUUGUGAUAUUUUUAAUUGAUGGUUUUGUUGAUUAGUCAGUGAGCAGUGACUUGCAGUGCUCAGAAACUGCAGUCUGGGUCAGGUUUUGAAACAGUAGGGGAUGUAAAACAUGUUAUUAUAGAACAAACAGUAUAGGUUUAAUUAUUUUUCAUCAUUUAGUUACUUCUUGUGCCAGAAAACAGGUGAUACUUUCCAUUUUGUGUUUGAAAUCUGAGGUUUUCAGCCUGAGAAAAGGUCUGUGUAACCCCCCCAGCCUUAAAUAAUGACUUAAUUUUUUUUUUUUUUUUUUCGAUCUACAAUUGUUUUUGUUGAGCAUAAAGCACAAGCACUGAUGUCCAUCUUAACCACUUGUGGGUGUAAAGCCAUAAGCAACAUGCAGAGAAACGCUUAACGUUGGUCAGCACACAGUGGUUUCUUCUUUUUACCCAUCUGGUAGUUUGACCCCUCUUUCCCCAAAAGAAAGAAGCCAAUAGGCAUUUUUUAAACAAUGAAUCUGCAAGUCCUAAAAGUGUGAAGGGACACAUUGGCUGCUUUGAUUGCAAAGUUACAAGUGUGCCAAACACUCGCUCGAGCUAUAUGUCAGAGGAUUUGGUUAUCAAUGCCUGUUUGUAAGCCAAAACUGGGAUUUUUUUUUUUUUUUUUUUUUUUUUUGUCAAAUUUCCAAAAUAAAAUGCAUUUUAAUAUA